AAUCUACUGGUGAAAUAUGUAGACAAGCCCAUGCUGGGAAAAUACACUUGCUUGAGUGAGGGGGAGACGGCAUCCACUUUUCUCCUGAUGGAGGUGGAAGAAGAGGAAGAGCUUGAUUCUUUUUUCAGCUGUCGUGCUAGGUCUUAUUACUGCACCUUUAACUGCAUAUGGCACCAUAAGAAGUAUCGAGCCGUGCGCCUUGGACUGGGCCCUAACUGUCAUGACGGAGGCAACGAGUGUCAGUGGUUCAAGGGCACCACCAAGAGCCAGGAUGAGAGAUUCCACUUUGACCUGACCCACUCCCUCAAACCCUUUGCAGAGGAGAGAUCGAGGCUUGAGCUCACAGUUGAGGCCAUCAAGGACUACACUUUUCUCCAGAGGACCAAGAAAUUUUAUCUGAGAGAUAUCAUUCAACCGGAUAGUCCUCAGAUAGUCAGCUGCCAAAAGGGGUCUUCAGACAUAAACGUGAACAUCCGGCCUCCAUCCAGCUGGCCCAUGCCUCACAGUUUUUUCAGCCUGGAGCACGAAAUUCAAUAUGAGCGCAAGGACGACGGCGAGCUCCAUUGUCAUCAGGACAGCUCCUCAACCAUCACAAUACCACUCAAGAUCACCAAGCUGAGAGUCCGCUCCAGGGACUCGCUGGUGCGGUCGGCCUGGAGCGAGUGGACAGGCUGGACUGACUCGACUUGUUCGACAAAACUCACUCACUGACAUUGUCUUGUCUCUUUGAACUGUCCGAAAAUCAGUGAAUUGCUUACUUUCUAAGUACGAAUGAA